AGGCACGACAAUUUAUGAUAUAGUUCGUUGAAUUUGUACUUGUAGGAGAGAGGUGCAACAUUCUUCUUGAUAUCACUGCACCGCAUAAUUGCCUUUUACAUUUUCAUGGGAAGUAGGACUUUUAGUGUUUAAAAUUAUAGAAUCAGCGACACGAGGACGAAAUUAAACUAUGUUGACCUUCGCCCAAACCAGCGCAAACGACGACCAGCUCGCCGUCCCCGAGCUCAAAAAAUGGCAGGUGACCAGGCGGGGCAAGAUUCACAAGCGGGUGCGCCACGUUUUCAAAAGAGAAGACCUGCUGCCACCUUGGACGAUGACAUUGUCAUGCGGAAAAGGCAUGACAAACAUCUUCGUCCUGAUCCCGACGGCCCAGCAGCUCUUCGACCAGUCGGACUUUUUCACGACGCUCGUGGAUCAUACCAGUAAAAAUGCAGUUUCUGCAACACAAAGUGGUACUGUCAGUGUCGAUCAGCACGACAAGUUCAAGCUUCUGCUGCUAAAAACGGAAUGGGAGAAGCUACGGGACAUGAAACGGUCCAAAAAAGUUCUGGAGCGGUACGAAAAAUUGCUCGAUGAAACUUGUUCUAAUGGGAUGAACAACAGCAGCACGACCAGUGCGUCCGCGUCCGACCAGUCGUGCGUCGCCCGCUUCGCAGAUCAUCUGGUUUCUUCAACAUCCGUGCUGUCGGAAAACGAAGUAGAAGAUCAUGCUGACUCCUUGGAUAAAAUCGCGAGGCUUUACACCAGCUAUGGAAACGAUUUCUCUUUGGUUGACCUGGAUAGAAGAGAUAAUUAUCUAGGAGGCGAGCAAGGAGAAGGACGUCGACCAGAUGAUGAUGUGCCGGCAGAUGAAGUAGAGGAUGAAGCUGCGGCCCCGCCAAAGACCAAGAAGCGCAAAGUUUCGGAGCAAAAGAAGAAAGCGGGGGGAGCUGGUGCUGCUGCUGGUGCUAAACCUAAAGCAAGCAACCUGGAGGUUGAAGAAGAAGAUGAGGCUGUUACUGCUUCAACUUCCCGAAAUUCUGUCCUCCUUCUGAAAUCCCACAAGCACAUCGAGCAGUUCCGGGACAGGAUUUUGUUGAACAAACCUGUUCGAAAAAAGAAAAACACCAAUGCAGAAGAUUUUUACGCGCUCUGUUUGGAAAAAAUCCGACAGCCAGUAGAGCAAACGAGCAGAAGUUGUACAAAAGCAGUACAAAGUGCUGGUCAACAGCACCUACAUCCAGUGGGAACAACAAGUAGCACUACUGCUCAGAACUACAACUGUCCGCUCCUCUCCACGACCCACCGUCCCCACCUGCCGCUGGCGGAGCUCCAGCUUGGUUUAGACAGCGGGAAGUACCACCAGGGGAUCCUGCGGAUGAUGAUGCACACUGCAACUGUAUCAACAGUAAAUUUCCCGUACACGACGUACAAAUGCGGUUUUCUGCAUGACAAAAAUUGGCUUUGAUCCUAGUUUAGCAUGACAAGUUUUACAACUCUCCAAAUUGGUGAAGUUUGUGCUGCGUCCUGUACAUGUACGGGAAAUUUGUAUUGCAUAAACUGCGGGCAAGAUCGGGGAAAACAUGGAAAUCCGGGGGGUCCGGAAUUUGAAUCGAGCGUUGGACGGAGAUGUCGUUUGUGUCGAGGAGAUAUUACCGGAGGAAGAAUCUGUCAUGCAGAAGACGAAAGAACCGGACGAAGACGAGGAAAAGCUGUUGGAAUCCGCCUUGCCAGAUGUGCAGGAUGUCGUAAAGGAGGGAGAAAUGUUAGCGGAACAAACACAAACGACCCCCACCGCUACUGCUGCAACUGCGAGCAAUACAAACGCCGGAUCUAAUGCAUCUCGCAACACAAAUAACCCGACAUCUUCAAACGUCGUUAGGAGCAAAUCCCUCUACCGUGUGGUGGGCAUUCUGCAGCGUGGGCAGAACUUCCAGCAACGGGAGAUUGCCGGGACAAUCAAGCAAAACGAUAGUAGUAGAAACGGAGGUAGUACAGCUUCUACUUCGAACAAAGAAGAGUUUCGGAUUUUUGUCCCGGUAGACCCGCGAAUCCCGAACGUCCGAAUCCCGACGAGACAGGGGCACUUACUGGAAAACAAGCGGAUCCUAGUCACGAUCGACAGCUGGGAGUUGUCGGAAAUCACCUCGCCGAAAGGGCACUGGACGAAGAUUCUGGGCACUGUUGGGGACAGAACGGUGGAGUUAUCCCGAGCAAAGACGUCCCCACCCUAUAGUCAAGGUGGGAAAUCUGCUAGACAAAUCUGUCAGCUCUGGGUGUUGCGCAUGACAAGUUUCGCCUCGUAGUGUAGUCCCGUUUAGCUUGUUCAGCAGCAUCACAGAGCUAGCCUAUUAUGCUGAGUGGGGCAUUACAGAUCCAAAAUCACGACUAGGAAAGGCUUCUCAUGGGUCUCCGCAUUCGAAACGUUUUGAUAAUGCAGAUUUGCAUGACAAAGACAACUAUCGGUAUCGGGUGGGGACGUUUUUACAUAGGAUAGGAGUCCGCGGUUAUUCUGCACGAGCACGGCGUCCGGACGGAGGAGUUUUCCACCGCGGUGUACAAUUGCCUGCCGCCAUCUGAUAUCCUGUGCAAAAGUUUCGUACUCGUACGUAGUAUUAAUCGCAGUCAUGCAUUACAAAUCUCCAUCCCAGGGUAAAACAGCAUGACAAACUCCAUCUCUCAUGCUGAGUGAAUUUGUCAUGCGAUUUCUACUAGCACGAAGAUUAAGAUACUUUUGCCAUGCAUAUCUGAUUACGAAGUGGACGUGGACUAUUUUCGGAAGAACGACCCGAAUAGAAGGGACUUAACCGAUCUUCUGACUUGCUCCGUCGACCCGCCGGGGUGUAAGGACAUCGACGACGCGCUCUCCUGUGAAUUUUUAGAAGAAAAUAGUAACUGGGUGAGAGUUGGGGUCCACAUCGCGGACGUUACCCACUUCGUGAAGCCAGAUUCCGUAUCAACUGCAAAAAUGUCUGGGUCAGGAAGAAUGCGGGUUUGUCAUGCUUGUCUGGCAUGACUCGAGAUUCUGUGUUGUCGAUAGACAGAAAAAAGCCCUCUUACAACCUGUCAUGCAGAAACGCAGUUUUCCAUGCGGAAUACGUAAGACGUGGCAGCCAGAAAAUUUGUCAUGCGUAGUUGCGUAUUGCAAUGCGCCGAUCAUUCACUUUGAGCAUUACAAGCUUCCAGACCCCGACAUUUUUGCAUUUGAUAUUCCGCGAUCGACAAGGAGGCGCAGCAGCGGUGUACCAGUGUGUACUUGGUGGAAAAACGAUAUGAAAGCCUCAGGUUGGAAAUCCUCAGAGUGGAAAUAAUUUGUAAUGCAAAAAAACGACUCCAGUUGAAGCGCCAUUUGUAGUCGGCGCAUGACAAAUUUCCCAGGCACUGAAAACGUGUCUGUCAUGCUACUUAGGCAAAGGAGUGCCCUUCUCUCGUGCUAAUCAGCACUCCAAAUCUUAACCCGUAGCAGGACAAUACUCGGCUUCCAUUGCAUCCUCUGCAAUACAGUCUUUUUUGCGUCGCAUUUCAUGCAUCACAAAUUAUUUCCACGUUGAGGAUUUCCAUUCUGAGGCUUUCAUAAGCGAACGGACAUGCUGCCGAGUUUGUUGACGACGGAUCUGUGCUCGUUGCGGGCGAACGUGGUGCGGCUGACGUUUAGCGUCUUGUGGGAAAUGAAUCUGGAAGAUCCGACGCAAAUUCGGAAGGUACGUAUGCUUUUUAUGCAUGACACCAUUGAGUUUCAUGAAAAUUGAAAUUCAACUUGAUAUUCGUGUUCUUUGUGAUCUACUUUCCGCAUAACUCUGUGAAGAACUCCACGUCGAAACAACAAGUAGAACAAACUGAUGACUCGUCCUCUUAUAUCGCAAUGCUUUGUCAUGAUUUGCAUUUGGUUGUGUUAAUCAAGGCAAAGCUGAUGCAAAAUGGGAUUCCCCUCCUGAUUUUCUAUAGUCCGACGUGGAACAAGAUGAAGAUAGAGAAAAAUCUUUAUCAGUAUACUACGAGGCGGUCCUGCUUCAAAAUAAAGACAAGUUCUUGCCGUGUGCCUGCUUCGUUGAUGAAGCUUUAAGCAGCUUUCGGAUGGUGUACUAUCGAAAAUAUCCCAUGAACACCAAAUUCUAUGAAUUCAUCAUUCUCAACACCAGGUCGAGUUUUGCAAGGCCAUGAUCAAAUCCAAGGCCGCCCUCGCCUACGCUGACGCCCAGAACCGCAUUAAUGACAAGUCCGACACCACGGACUUAACUAAGUCCCUUCGGGCAUUGAAUGCCAUUGCAAAGAAGCUACGAGAACAGAGACGGAGAAACGGCGCGCUGGAACUUGCUUCGCAGGAGAUGAGAUUCGAGUUAGAAUCCGAGACCCACGACCCGGUGUCCGUGUCCGCUUAUGAACUGAAGGAUACUAAUAUCCACAGUAAAUUUCCUGUACACGUACAAAUGCAGUCUCUGCAUGACAAAACUUGCCUUCAAUCCUAGUGUAGCAUGACAAGUUGUGCACUGCAAGUUAGCGAAAUUUGUCAUGCAUUUUGUACAUGUACAGGAAAUUUACAUUGCAUAACUAACCGGAUGGUGGAAGAGUUCAUGCUUCUCGCGAACACGACAGUCGCGGAGAAAAUUCUAACCCAUUUCUAUCAAAUGCAAGAAUGUCUGGGUCUGGAAGAAUGCAACUUGUGAUGCUGCGUUUGGAUUCCAAAAAAAUCUGUAUUGCAUGAGUAGCAAAGGGAAUGCAAUUUUUGCAUACACUGAGAAGGCGUUUGUCAUGCGGAAUAGCCAUCAAGAAGCCCUCAAAAAAUCUGUAUUGCUAGGGUAUGCAUCACAGACAUCAUGGCUCAUGCAAAACGUGCAUGACAAGUGUCAGAAUCUUCCAGACCCAGACAUUUUUACAGUUGAUAACUUCCCGAACUUUUCCAUCCUGCGGCGGCACCCGACCCCGAAGCUGGACGCGUUGGAAAACUUGGAAAAAUUGAUCAAGAACACGCUCGGGGAGAACAGUGAAUUUGAGUUCAAAUUUCAAACCAACAAGCAGCUCGCGGAUUCGCUUGAUUCGCUGGGGAGGAUGGAUAAUGUUAACUUGGGAAGGAGGACUACGAACAGAGCUGGUGGCGCAUCAACAGGAGCUUCAUCGUCAUCUCCAAAUAUUAACGUGGCUAAUCAGCAGAAGCAGAAGUUGGUGACCCAGCUGCUGCGCGUGUUGACGACCCGGUGCAUGAACCAAGCGACCUACUUCUGCACCGGGCAGAUUGCGGAUCGGAGUUUGUACAACCACUACGGGCUGGCCAUGGCGUUAUACACGCACUUUACCAGUUAUCCCACAAAAAAACUGUUUCAGUGUGAUGAUUUUGCAAGAUCCGCAUCACAAGUUUGCUACACAUGACACAGAAAAUUUGCCAUGCGCGCUUUCCAAGGGAAAACACAGUGAAAAAUCCAAUGCCUUGCAGGUGUAGCAAGACAAAUAGUUCUGUGUUCCAUAAUACGCAUCACAAGUUCACAGUGAAACAGUUUUUUCUUGCGAUACCAGUCCCAUCCGACGUUAUGCGGACGUGUUGGCGCAUCGCCUACUCGCUUACGCCAUUGGGUACGAGGGCUCGAGUAAGGUGGAGGAAAUUCUUGUGCAUAAUCCGCAGGAACACCAACAGCAGGAAACAGCACAAAAAACCGCUGCAGGAGGAGAGGUUCAUCUCUCGAAGAAGAAAAAGAAGCGGAAGGUAGCCGCGGAUAAGGACAAUGGAGAUGGGACUACUAUUGUCCGAGCAGAACAACAAACUACAUCAACCGGUGAGUCCGAGGACCCUGCAACGCAGUUAAACAAAAUGAUUCUCCCCGACCAACUGUCCAAAGACCGCAUGACCGAGCAGUUAUGCAUUGCAAAUAUAUAAUCUGGGUGUGGGAAGUUGUGAUGCAAGUCUACGAUUGCUGGACGCUCUUUAAUAUGCAGCCACGCAUGACAAAUUUUUGAGGUCCUAUUUGUUGCGUAUCUCGCAUGGCAAAUGGCGUUUUUGCAUGACAGGCAAGAGAUGCUUUUCCUACUCAUAACAUGCAUCACAGAUUUAAGAGGCAUGCCAGACAAGCAUGACAAACUUGCACCCUUCGAGACCCAGACAUAUUUGCAGUGCAUAGCAGUGCGAGCGCAUCAAUUUGAAACACCGCAUGGCCCAGUGGUCCGGGCGUAUCCUGAGUAAAAGCGUCCCCACACCAGAGUUGUCAUGCAGAUUUGCAAUGACAGGAACAUUUGUAAUGCGCAUCGCCAGGAGAGGCGUUUUUAGUCGUGUUUUGAAAUUUGUAAUGCUGUAAACAGGACGACCAGAUGGAUUUCUGAUGCAGCUGGCCUUGCGAACCUGCACUACGCUACAGACUGCAACUUGUAAUGCGUGACCCCCAAAAGUUCCAGGUUUGUGUUGAAAAAUCUCCAUCUUGAUUCUGGUAUGGGGAUGUUUUUACUCAGGAUAGGGCGAGCGAGUUCGCAACUGCACACGUAUCUCUACUUCCAGAAACGCGGGAAGGUGGAGCACGAGCUGGCGAUUGUGAUGCGGAUCCAGUCGGAAAAACAGAUCUUCGUGAACAUCCCGAAGUACGGCGUGGAAGCGGCGGUCUGGAAGGGCCUGGGGGAGGAGAACGGGUGGAGGAUUUGUGGUUCUUCGUCGUCAAAUGGGAUGACGUGCAUCGCAAAUUCGAAUUCGUCCGAGAAGUUGGCCGUCUUGGACCAGGUUUUGGUUUCCAUCGAGGCGGAUGAUUUGGAUUUUCGGAACAAAGUGCUGGUGACAUUUGAGAAGAAAGUGGCGGAGGAUCAUCCUCAUGCUGGUCGUGAAGCAGGAAGUAGUAGUUCUAUUGCGGGACGAGCAGAAGAUGAAGAUGCAACAAUUCCGAUAUCAUCUUCGAAUCACGCGAUCACUUCAAGUUCAUCUUCGAAGAUGAAAAAAGUAGGAAAAAAGAUGAACAAAAAGAAGACCACCACCAGCAGUACAACUGUUUCCGAUUCCAAUUUGGCAGCUCGAGAUGCAAUGCAGGCGUUUGAAAGGGAGAAGCGGAGGAUCCAGAAGGAAAUGUUUCCGGAUCAGAUCACGGAGAAACCGGGAGUGUAAAAAAAGUUGACUGAAUGUUGGAAAGGGACAGUACUAUGUGAUGAUGCGCGGAAUUAUUUCUGGUUGAUCGAUUGACUACGAACAAGAAUAAAUGCACGAUAGUCGUGUUUUUUCUGUCUUGCUUAACACAACAAGCACAAGGGCGCCAC